ACACACACACACACACUGUACAUACGCUCAAAGCAAGAUGGUGGAUGAAGAGGCAGUGAAAAAAAGGCUGCUGACUGUUCUGCAAUCCAGACCUGCAAUCUCCCUGUCUCGUCUGCAGGCUGAAUAUAAAGAACUUACAGGUGAAACCAUACCACACAAACAGCUGGGCCAUACCACAGUAGAUGCCCUACUGCGCAGCAUGCCCUCCGUGAUGCAACUGGACAGGACUCGCUCUGGGGAGGUGAUGUGUUAUGCUACUGUGGAGAAUAAAAAAGCGAACAUCACAAAGCUAGUGGCUCGGCAGCAUGUAGCUAAGAAGACCGGCCGGCCUCAGGUGGUCAAUUGCCAGAUGCGAGCCAAACCCACUUCUCCUCUGGUGUUAAAUGCCAAACCCAGAACAUCUCUCAGGCAGCCUGAAUACCGGGGUCAUCAGGGUCGUGGUAGUGGUCACACAGGGAGCAUGAGGGAGACUCAGUUUGAUGGGAGAGGCAGUAAAUUCCACAGUACUCCACCAAACACACCCAGCAGAAGGGGCAAUCUUACUUUUGACAGAUCGGAUAAAAGGAUGUCCCUGCCAUCUCGAUUCCAAAAGGAAGUUCACGCCCACCUGUCAAGAAACCCUCAACAGAGCCAUGCUUCUUCAAACCUUAAUGAAAGCACUCCUCCACCAAAAACCCAAACACAAGUAAGUCUCUACAGUCCUAAACUGGUGCAGUCCCGCCUCAAAGAGGUCCUAAGCAAGCACAGCAAUGGCUUCUGGGUGUCUAAACUUCCACAAUUAUACCGAGAGCUUUACAAGCAAGAGCUGCCCAGUGAAGCCUUGAGAGAUCUGCAAGAGUGGACGCAUAUUUGCACAGUUGAGAAACCAUAUGGUAGCAAAUCUCAGGAGCUACUGUUGUACCCAGCCAAGGAUGUUAGCAAAAACAGUGACACAAGUAGUCUUGAAAUGACUCACACCUCAGACAAAGUGAUUCUAUCACCUCCAAAGCCCCAGAAAGUGUCCAGAAAACCUAAGAAUAAUACAUUGAGCCCACUGGCAUCCCCCAAGGCUCUACCUGAGGACCUUAAACAAAACCUAGCUGAGCUUCUUCUUAAGUACAGCAGUGGAUUAUGGGCUCAUGCCCUCCCCAAACUCUACCAGGAUACGUAUAAGACCAACCUACCGGAGUAUGUACUCGACAACCUGUCCUUGCUCUCAGAUAUAUGCACCAUUGACUACCCUGUGCCAGACAACCCCAAAAGAGCAAUUCUUUACGUGAAGGUCUUAGAAGAUGAAAACUGCAAUAAGACAGACUCUGCAGACCUGAAGGUAAGAAAGGAGGCAGGCAGACGUCUCAGUUCUCAAUCUGUGCCUCCACUGAUUAUUCCUAUGGAAGAGUACCCCUCAGUCCUCGUGGUUGAGGCCAGCAGCACUAACAGUGUCGUUCUCAGGUACAUAGGGGAGGGAUAUUCCAAGGCACAGGAAAGGCUAGAAGAUGAUAUGAAGGAAUUCUACAGACAGGAUAACACCCGGAAACCACUGAACUCAUUAUUACCAGGCCAAUUAACUGCAGUCAUUGCUGAAGAAGAGGAAGAAAUCCUCCGGGCACAAGUGUGUGAGGUCAGGUCUGACAAAGUCAAGGUUAUUUAUGUGGAUCAUGGCUUUCCUGAUAUUAUUAGUAAAAGCAAGCUGCUUGAGUUGCAUGAGAAAUUUUUCAAACUGCCUUUUCAAGCUACCAGAUGUAAAUUGGCAGGCCUUGAAGCCUUUGCUAUGGAGCCAGCAGUAUUGAAAAAAUUUGACUCCAUGGCAAGCGGUAAAAUCCUACUGGCUGAGAUCCUGGAAAGAGAAGACAUUCCUUUGAUGGUUUUAUAUGACACGUCGCAGGAAGAUGACAUUAAUAUCAACGCUUCCUGUCUGAAAGCCCUGCAAGAGAAGUCUUUAGAGUGCCCUCUGCAGUUAAACAGCACCUUCAUGAAUGUGAGUGUGACCAGUGUGUGUUCAGAUGGGACAUUCUACUGCCAACUGCCCUCUUGUGGUUUGACCAAACUCACUGAUAUCCUGGAGAAGACAGAGAGCUAUUUCCACAACCAGGUCACAUCAGAAUUGCUGGUUUCACGACCAUUCUGUGGAAAAAUCUGUCUGGCUCGAUACAAAGGCAAAUGUUCUCGAGUUGAGAUAACUAACCUGCAUGGUAGACGGGUAUUGGACAUUCUGUUUGUGGAUGUGGGAAUGCAGGCAUCUGUCGAAGUCACUGAACUGAGGGAGAUCCCGCCCCCUUUCUUCCGUGACCUUAUCACAAUCCCACCUCAGGCAGUGAAGUGCUGUUUAGCAGACUUGCCCAUCAGUGUGGGCUGUUGGACUCCAGAUGCAGUGCAGUGGCUGAGAGAUGCAGCUCUACACUGCAGUGACUGCAGCUUGAAGAUUGUUAAAGUGGAAGAGAACAAGCGUCUGGCCCAUGUCUACCUUUUUACUAACAAGAACUUCCACGACCCUGGUUACAGCCUCAACCGCCAGCUAGCCAGUUUAGAUCUCUGGAAGCACCAGGACGAUGUCUUCCUGAGCAGCCAGGGGUCUCUGAAGAGCGCUACUCGAACAUCAUUAUCAGAUUCACCCCCCAUGACCCCCACCACUACCCCUACACCCACUAGUGGCACUUACAGUCCAAGCACCAACAUUGCAGGCAAGCCUCCACACCCACCUAAGAGGUUGGAACCCAAUUUAGGUCCCAGUAGCACCGUGUCUGGGAGUCUGCCUUUGCCACCUGUACUUGAGCUCCCUCAAAUGGGACAGAACAUAGACAUUUACGUAUCAGUCGCGUGCCAUCCGGGCCAUUUUGUGCUCCAGCCAUGGCAGGACAUGUACAAGCUGGUUGUCUUAAUGGAAGAGAUGAUUCUGUACUACAACAAGACAGACGAGAAGCCACUCACAGUGGAAAAGAACCAGGUGUAUGCAGCCAAAGUGGAGAAAAAUUGGCAUCGAGUGCUUGUGAAAGGAGUCCUGAGCAACGGCCUGGUAUCUGUUUAUGAGCUAGACUAUGGAAAGCACGAGCUGGUUAGCUGUGCUGUAUUGAGGCCCCUCAUCCAGGAGUUCAGGCAGCUUCCCUUCCAGGGCAUCACUGCUCAGCUGGCAGGAGUGAAGUCCAGGCAGUGGUCUGAAGAAGCUUCCAUUGUAUUUAGGAACCAUGUGGAGAAGAAGCCAAUGGUGGCGCAGGUAGAAUCGGUGCAGGAGGCAGAACAGCCAUGGGACCGAAAGCUCACCGUCUACCUGGUGGACACGUCUCAGGAGGAUAGUGACAUCUGGGUCCAUGACCUUAUGGCUGAAUUUACUGAUGAGCUCACCAGGGCUGCAUAAAAGUUUGCCUUCUCUGUAUAUGUCCUUGAAAAAUUUUGUGAGUGUGAAUUCAUUGGUUCUAUCAGGAAAAGCUUCCUGUGUUUGACUUAAACCGGACAGUGAAGAUUACCUUUAGAUGAAGUAUUAAAAUUUAUUACACUAAAAGAUUAUUUAAUUAUGUCAAACACAGAUGAAAGGUCUAUGAUACACAUUGCAUAGGAGUAUCUACUUUUAACCCUAAAGCUUUAACUGUUGUGAUCAUGGAUAAUGCACAUGCAUCAGAGUUACAGUAAUGUGUGUGAUAUCACGUAGUUACAUGAAAAGGUGUUCAUCUUUAGUAACCAGUUAAGUUAUCCUGGUCUGGGUCACUAUGGAUUCUGGGAACAAUGGAUUUGAUGACAAAAUUUAAUUUAUGACGGGAUACCAUGUAAGAUAAGAUUAUAUAAUUUGAUAUAUAAUGUCUAGUUUGCCACAGGUUGGAAACCAAUUUUAAAAAAAAAUAUAUUUCAAGUUGCCAUUCAGAAAGGAAAAGAUUCUGCAUGGUUAACUAGAGUCACAUACUAUAACACUUAAACUGAACAAGAACAUAGUAGUGAACAAAUGUUUACCAAGUAGUGAAAGUUCACAAUGUUAACCAAGCUCAAAAUUGUUUACAAAGCUACAUUGGUAAAUCAUUCCAUUUCUUCCUAAAAUGUGACAGAAGCUCCACAGGUUUGGCAAAGGCUUUGAAGAGUUCCUCUAUUUAUUUAGCGCUUCUUUUUCCUGUUUAAAAUGAUUGCAUGGGAUCUUUAGGUUUCUGCAGAAGUGUGACAGUUGUGGUAUAUUUGAAAACCUAAGGCUAACUCCAUAGCAUUAGUGUGGCUUAAUGGCUGAGUUUUAUUUAGCUGAAACAUUCCGUGUAGAUUCUUUAUGGACAUGUAAAACUUAACAUUUCUUGACAAACAUGGACUGCACAUGGAAAGAGUUUGAUAAAUAAAGUUAAAG